CUCUUCAGUUGAGCAUGCGUCCGCGCAGCAAAUAGAUGUGUUUGCGCUUGUAAUUGUUUGUGAAACAAUGCUGUCGUAAUGUCUGAGUGUCAGUGUUUUUUGAGAAAGUGAACGCAACAAAGGAUUACAGUGUUUUAAUGGAAACACGUGGGAAUUGUAUUGAAUAGCAUAAUUGUGAUAAACUUCGGAAAAAUGUCUACCACCGCGACCAGACAUGUCAAGUCGUCAAACUCGGCGAAUAUUCUAAUGUGCAAACAAUGGUGGAAAGUGUGUUGGAUGUAUGGAGACCAGGAGAAAUACUAUAGACAGUUAUAUGGUAGACGAAAAAUAAACACGAUGGACAGAGGCAUGUUCGACAACACAGAUUUAAAACGACCUGGUGCUCAGAUAACUGAAUUGACGGACGACUUCUUCCAAGACAAUGUCACACAAAAUCCCGCGCCGGAUGAAACGAAAGAAUGGUUCGGAGCCGAAUCUGAACCCAUUUAUGGCUUCGAAUGGCAAAACGACCAAAGAAGAAAACCAAUUAACUUGUACGAUUUUAAAGAUAUACUGACGGACGAUAGUCACAGUCUACCUCCAGACGAUAGAGUUGUAGAUUCAGAUGAACAGAUACAUAGAAACGGUGAUGUUAUUGGGAAAACGUCUAGAACAGUCUCCAGGACGAAGAAAGGCGCAGUAGUUACAGAAGAAACCGAGAUAUGUACUGAUGGAAGGACGACAGCAAAUCUUAGGUUUCAUCGAUCCACAGUUAAAAGUGCUCCUAAUAAAGUGAAAGAAGUUCUUCAACCGUUGAAAGAGGAUGCAGUGUUGAAUGAGUGUUCUAGGAAAAAGUGUGUUGGUGACACUUUGACGACUACUACGACUACGCUAGUGACGGUGACGCAGCAGAUGGUGACGUGUUGCAAUGAACCAGUCUGUCGCAACUGCGUGGUAUCGCCAACCGGAUCGUCGCCACCACCGCUCCAAGAGCAGCAAUCACCACCGCCCCCCGCGCCAGCGUCGCCCCUACACCUCCCCUCGCCUCAACCACGUCUACCGUCCCCACAACCCCACCUCCCAUCACCACAGCCAAGCCAUAGCGGCUCCUCAAUACCUAGCACAUCAAAUUCCCCACACCCCUACUCGUACCCCAACUACAGAAGAAGUCAAUACCAAGACUAUGCGCUUCCAAGUCUAAAUCAGGCGGCAAAUUACCACUCCCCCCAAUCUCCUCAGUCAGCGAUGUCGCUGUCACCUCACCCUGUUCAAGGGAAGUUCAGGGGGUUGCUGGAACAUGCGGAACGUUUGAUGAAGCCGGGGGAUCCACACAGGCAUUCGCAGAGUGAUGAUGAUUCAGGGUGUGCACUGGAAGAGUACACCUGGGUGCCGCCGGGAUUGCGACCUGAACAGGUGCAUCUAUACUUCUCAGCGCUUCCAGAAGAUAAAGUGCCGUAUGUGAACAGCGUGGGAGAGAGAUACCGGCUCAAACAGCUGCUGCAGCAGUUGCCUCCUCAGGACAACGAAGUGCGAUACUGCCAUUCAUUAUCAGACGAGGAACGCAAGGAGCUGAGACUGUUCAGCGCACAGAGGAAGCGGGAGGCGCUGGGCAGAGGGCAGGCGAGGCAGCUGCACGCGCCGGCCACCUGCGAACGGUGUGAAGAAACCAUGUCAUCAGGAGACAUGUGUGUCUCCGCAGCCCGAGCUGGUCCAUCCGCGCGCUGGCACCCCGCCUGCUUCGUCUGCUCCUCAUGCCAGGAGCUCCUGGUGGACCUGGUCUACUUCUGGAAGGACGGACGACUUUACUGCGGCCGGCAUCACGCGGAGACCUUGAAGCCGAGGUGCUCCGCUUGUGAUGAGAUCAUUCUCGCGGACGAGUGCACAGAGGCCGAGGGGCGAGCGUGGCACAUGAAGCACUUUGCUUGCGCGGAGUGCGCCAAGGUUCUCGGAGGACAGCGAUACAUAAUGCGGGAGGCGAGGCCCUACUGCCUGCCUUGCUUCGACAACUGCUUCGCUGAGUACUGCGACGCUUGCGGCGAGCCGAUCGGCGUCGAUCAGGGACAGAUGUCGCAUGAAGGGCAGCACUGGCACGCCACGGAGCGGUGCUUCGCGUGCCACACGUGCCGGUCUAGUCUCCUCGGCCGGCCGUUCCUCCCGCGAAAAGGAGCAAUAUUCUGCUCCAUCGCCUGUUCUAAAGGUGAGCCGCCCACGCCGUCUGAUUCUUCAGGCCCCGGUCCGCGGCCGCCGCGAGCGCCGCGUCCACGAAGGAUCCCAUCGCCGAAGUCUCCACCUAAAAGUCCGCAGAGGGAAACCUCACCGCAUUUAGAUGCAGAUUCGGAACCGAGCGCGUCACUGGCGCCCGAAUCACCCCCACCGCAUCCGCCUCCUCCACCACACGCGUGCUUAAGCCUCGAUAGAGCACUUGCAGACUUAAGAAUAGAACAAACAAUGGUAGAACACCAAAUACAAACGACCCCUACUUCAGAAGAAAAAGAAGAAGAGGAAGAAUGGAAAGCGCCGCAUCCAGUUGAAGCUCAAGCUGUAGUGACCCCGGGCCACUCG